AUGCGGUUAUUACUGCCUCUCUUCGGUCUGCUGUGCCUCUGUGAAGCCGGGGUCUUUCAGAUCCCGCUCACCUACCAAGUAUCCAAAAUGAGAAGGAUGCUGUCCGAAGGCCGGGGUGUUUGGGGUGCUCAUUUGAAGAAAAAGCGGGCGGCCAAGGCCGAUUUUCUAAAGCAGAACCCGAAAUUUCACGGCUCUUACCCUCAAAAGGUCUACGACUACGAGGACGAAGAAUACCUUGGAAAUGUGACGAUUGGCACGCCUGAGCAGUCAUUCAAGGUGAUUCUUGACACUGGCUCCGCUGACUUUUGGGUUCCCGACAAAAUCUGUACUGACGAUAUGGAUUGUGAACAGUGCAUGCAAAGCGAUGACUUUGACUGCGAUUUUGAUUGCCAGGAUCCGUUCUGCUGCGAUUACAUUACCAGGAAAUUUAAGGUCCCAAAAUCUACGUUCGGCAUGGCCGUUCACUUGGCCGAUUUCUUCGCUUCCGAUCCUAUCGACGGAAUCCUUGGGCUCGCCUUCCGCUCUCUUUCCGUCAGUGACUCGACGCCUGUGCUGAUCAACGCCAUCAACCAGGGCCUCCUCGACCAACCGGCCUUCAACGUCUAUCUGGGCAAGGUUGGCAAUCAAGACGGCGUCUACGGUGGUGUCUACACAUAUGGUGGUCUCGACCCAGACCAUUGUGGUGAUGUCAUCGCCUAUCAGCCCCUCAGCUCUGCCACUUAUUUCCAGUACAAAAUGACUGAGGUGGUUGCUGGAAAUUAUUCGUUCAAGUGGAACUGGGAGGUUAUUUCUGACACUGGCACUUCGUUCAUCGGAAUGCCCACAUGGCAGUCGAAGGCCAUUGCAAAGGAAUUUGGGGCCUGGUAUGAUAAGGAAGAUGAGGUCUAUGAAAUCGCCUGCAACGCCACGAUCCCCGACAUCGUGCUGACGAUCGGUGGCAAGCAGUACGCGAUUCAGCAGGAGAAUCUGAUCGUCACUGCCGGGGAGCCGGACAACAAAUACUGCUACCUGGCCAUCUUUGAUUGGGAUGGUGAUGGCACUGACUGGAUUCUCGGGGACCCGUUCAUCCGCCAGUUCUGCCACGUGUUCGACAUUGGAAAGCAGCGGGUUGGAUUUGCGCCGUCGAAAGAUUGGAAU